AAAAGGCCUAGCCUUCCUCCACCUAGGACCUCUGUAGCAGGGGUGAGCCGGAUGGCAGGAGGUCCCAGGUGAUCUGUAGGGUCCCUCCCCUGUGAGGACAAAAGAAAGCGCACUGUGAACUCCUUGCCAGGUAACCUUCUCCCUACAGGGGGAGGGAGUAUCUCUGCAGACCUGGAGGGCAGGCCUGGAAGCAGGGCCCCUGGUGAGGGCAUUUUGGGGGGCCUGCUGUUUCCCUUGAUGCAGUGGGAAGACCAGGUCCUCCAACCACAGGGGUUGGCACCUUGGCGCCUCUCUGCUGAGACACAAGCCAGUGUGCACGCCCACCCCCACCUUGGCCUCCCUGCUUCAGGUGACCAGAAGUCAGCAGCUUCCCAGAAGCCCCGGGGUCGGGGCAUCCUCCACUCUCUCUUCUGCUGCGUGUGCCGAGAUGACAGCGAGGCCCUGCCUGCCCACAGCGGGGCACCCCUGCUGGUGGAGGAGAAUGGUGCCGUCCCUAAGCAGACCCCAGUCCAAUACCUGCUCCCAGAGGCCAAAGCCCAGGACUCGGACAAGAUCUGUGUGGUCAUCGACCUGGAUGAGACCCUGGUACACAGCUCGUUCAAGCCUGUGAACAACGCAGACUUCAUCAUUCCUGUGGAAAUUGAUGGGGUGGUCCAUCAGGUGUACGUGCUGAAGCGGCCCCACGUAGACGAGUUCCUGCAGCGAAUGGGCGAGCUCUUUGAGUGCGUGCUGUUCACUGCCAGCCUGGCCAAGUACGCAGACCCAGUAGCUGACCUGCUGGACAAGUGGGGGGCCUUCCGGGCCCGGCUCUUCCGGGAGUCUUGCGUCUUCCACCGGGGGAACUACGUGAAGGACCUGAGCCGGUUGGGCCGGGACCUGCGCCGGGUGCUGAUCCUGGAUAACUCGCCGGCUUCCUAUGUCUUUCACCCCGACAACGCCGUCCCAGUGGCUUCGUGGUUUGACAACAUGAGUGACACGGAGCUCCAGGACCUCCUCCCUUUCUUUGAGCAACUCAGCCGUGUGGAUGACGUGUACUCCGUGCUCAGGCAGCCUCGGCCUGGGAGCUAGUGAGGCCGAGGGGACCCAGACUGGGCCCCGAGGGACACCCACACCUCUUCAUGCACUCUCGGACUUGGCGGGGCCCUGGCGCUCCUCCUUAAGCAGACCCACGGGCUACCACACUCAGUGCCAAGGGGAGCAGGUGCCUCCCCUGCCAGCCUGCCCUGGCUGCAGAGGGAUAGCAGGUGGCACCCAGAGCGGUGAGCUCCAGGGUCCCCGUUGUCAGUGCCUUAGAACCCCCUGUGCCUUCCAGGGGGACCUGUGGGGACCCUGCGGGCCUCGCUCUUUCUCUCUCCUCUCUGCUGCCAUGUUUCUUGCUGCCAAAUUGGGGCCCUGGGCCCCUCCCAAUUGCUUUGUUGGGAGAUCGGGUUCCUACUGCCCCGUGCCCUGGCCUAGCCAAGGAAAAGUGGGCAGAAGUGCCGGGCACGGAGCUUCUCCUCCAGACCAGGCCUGUCCAGGGGCCCCAUCCUGGGCAGCUGCUUUGGUCUAAUCUUGCUCACGCUAACUGCAGAAGCUGCUCCGGCCCCCUGGGGACCAAGUUGUCCUGCCAUUCCCUGCUGGGGAGGGGACAGGACCUGUUAGCGUCUCUGAGGGCUGCUGCCUUUCAGCCAAAACUCACCCCUCGCAUCUGCCUUCAACCACCUGUGGCCAGCCCCCCAUCCACAGGGCUCGGCUGCCCAGCUGUGAGUGGGGCAGAGGGGACCGCAGGAGGUGCCAUAUAAAUAUGUACAUGUGUAUAUAGCCUUGGAGGGGAGGGGAGGCAGAGGGGCUGGGGUAGAGACACCCCUCCCCUGGCCUUUCCCUGGGCCCGGAAAUUGGGGGGAGGGGGAGGGAGAGGAUUUUUACAUUUUUUUAAUUGCUAUUUUCUGAAUGAAACAAGCUGGGCCCAAGGGUGCCCAGCCUGCUCUUAUGUCCUUCACAGCCCUCUGCUCUGUCCGUUCGCUGAGAACCUUCUACUGAGCACCUGGCUCUGUGCCAGUCCUCUGCCUGGCCCACCAGCCAAGAUGGUGGGAGGGUGCCCCUACCCCACCACCCACACUUCACUAGUGCCUUGAGGGGAGCUGUAGGAUGUGGGAGCCUUCAUGUGGGGCUUGAAGGGUCUCUAGGAAGCCUGGCCAAGCAGCACCCCCCUCUGUGUGCCAACCUGCAACCACCCCACCCCCAAUGACUGGGGGCCACUCCCAGGACACCCAGCCAGAUGGCUCUGACAUGUAGAGCCCCUGCUGAAAGUCAAGGCCUCAGGCUGUCCCAGGGACUCACGGUUAAAGGGGACCCAUGUCCAGUGCCAAGGGGGAUGGCAAAUGGGGCUGUCCUUGUGUCCUGCAUUGAGAGGUGGGUGGGAGGGUAUGGUUGGCUGAGUGGGGUAACCUGCCUGUUUUAAGUGCCUUCUCUGUGACAGGGCCCCUCAGUGAUGAGAACUAAAUAGGAAGCCAGA